AUGUCCUCCGGCGGGUGGUUACUUAGAGUUGGGUUACUUGCAACCUCGCUAGCCUCAUGCGCCCAUGCGUUCUAUCUGCCUGGUGCCGCACCCCAUGACUACGCCAAGGGCGAACAAGUGGACGUGCUUGUGAACGCUUUGACACCGAUGCUUUCGGGUAAAGACGACGCGAAACUGAAAUCUCUCAUCAACUAUGAUUACUACAAUCCGAAAUUCCACUUUUGCGAGCCUGCGGGUGGUCCGAAGAGCCGACCUGAAUCCUUAGGGAGCAUCCUGUUCGGAGAUCGUAUAUUCAACUCUCCUUUUGACGUGAAAAUGCUCGAGAACAAUGGGACGUGUCAAACGCUAUGUGUGGUUCGGGACGUUCCAGGCGAAGAUGCAAAGUUCAUCAACGAUCGCAUACGCGAAGAUUACGCGAUAAACUGGCUGGUGGAUGGUUUGCCGGCUGCCGAGAUGAAGCAAGAUCGCAGGACGGGGGACAUAUUCUUCGACAUGGGCUUCAACCUUGGCAACGACGAGGAGCCGUACUCAGAGGAGAACCCGGCCUUGAACAAUCACUUCGAGAUUGUGAUGAGAUACCACACUCCCAGUACGGGAAACCAUCGAAUAGUCGGUGUGCUCGUGUGGCCAAGUAGUCGCGGAGGCUCUCAGGAAGAGUCCCCUGAUUGCGACAGCGAAGCGCCUGCCUUGAUCCUCAACGAAAAGGGCCCCAACACCAUCCGGUAUACUUAUAGAGUCAACUGGAAUGCAUCCGACACGCCGUGGGCUACGCGAUGGGACAACUAUCUGCAUAUUUUCGACCCCAGGAUACAUUGGUUCAGUCUGAUCAAUUCUCUGAUCAUUGUGAUGUUCCUCUGCGUUAUGGUCUCCAUGAUCCUGUUGCGAAGCGUGUCUCGGGAUAUUUCGAGAUACAACGCCAUUGACCUCAGCGAGGAUGUCUCCGAAGAUUUCGGUUGGAAACUCGUACAUGGCGAGGUGUUCCGUACACCACAAAAUCCAAUGAUUCUCUCUGUCAUGGUUGGAAACGGCGCUCAGCUAUGUGCCAUGGUCGUUGUCACCCUCGUCUUUGCGUUACUCGGUUUCCUCUCGCCUUCCAACCGAGGUUCGUUGGCGACGGUGAUGAUGGUUUGUUGGACGUUCUUCGGCAGUGUUGGUGGGUACUUCUCAAGUCGUGUAUAUGCAUCCUUGGGAGGCACGAACAAAAGGAAGAACUCCUUCGUCACUGCCACGGCCCUGCCAACUGUGGUGUUCGCCAUUGUCUUCUUGCUCAACCUUUUCCUCAUCAUUGCUGGGUCCUCCGGCGCUGUGCCAUUCGGGACGAUGUUUUUGAUCGUGGUCUUAUGGUUCGGUAUUUCAGCACCAUUGUCUGCCAUCGGAGCUUACUUCGGUUCCAAACAUGGGGCCAUUUCGCAUCCUGUGAGGGUGAACCAGAUACCCAGGCAGAUCCCGCCCCCGCCGAAGUAUCUCCGUCCAUGGGUGAGCGCCUCCACAUUGCUCGCUGGCAUCCUGCCAUUCGGUGCUGCGUUUGUAGAGCUCUACUUUGUCCUCUCCAGCCUCUUCGCCUCGCGGGCGUACUACGCCUUCGGCUUUCUUGCGCUGACCGCAGGCGUAUUCGCACUCACAACAGCCACGGUUUCUAUCCUCUUUACGUACUUCCUACUUUGCGCGGAGGACUAUAGGUGGCACUGGCGAGCCUUCUUUGCCGGAGGCGGGAGUGCGUUCUGGUUAUUGGCGUACGGUCUGUUCUACUGGAUCUCCCGGUUAUCCCUGGGAUCGACCACGAGCUUUAUGUUGUAUCUCGGGUACCUGCUUCUACUUGCGCUUCUCGAUUUCUUGGUGACUGGCACUAUUGGUUUCCUCGCGACAUAUUGGGCGGUCCGUCGAUUAUACACCGCGAUCCGCGUGGACUAG